AACCACCACUUGUUUAGACAAAUGAUAGAAGAUAAUACAUAACUGCAUUUUUGUAAUAAGGAUUGGAUGCCAUUCUAAGAAAAUUGAUAAACUGAGUGAAGAUUGGCAGUUUGGUGGGGAGGGAUGAAUUCAGGAAGAGAAAAAGCUGCGGGAAUGGAAGCGACGACUUUAAUUUUGAUGGGGCGGACUGGUAAUGGCAAGAGUUCAACUGGUAAUUCCAUAAUUGGACGCAAUGUGUUUAAACCAGGCUUCAGCUUUACAUCUACCACGCAGGAAUGCCAGUUGGAGCAAACUAGUUGGAAAGAUGGCCGAAUCUUAAAAGUGAUUGAUACCCCUGGUCUCUUCGACACAAAUUCGUUAAAUUCCACAAAGGAAUUCUUUGAGACCCAUAUUGCCAAAUGUAUUGAGCUUGCUAAGGAUGGAAUUCAUGGAGUUCUCUACGUGGUGUCUGUUAAAAACCGCUUUACUCCAGAAGAAGCUGGUAUUUUGGAUAGCUUGCAGUUGUUAUUUGGACAAGACAUCAUCAACUACGUGGUGCUUGUCUUUACUGGCGGCGAUGAGCUGGAAAAUGAUGAUUUGACAUUAGAAGACUACUUGAGUGAAUGCCCACCACAACUCGAGGAGGUUCUAAGCCGCUGCAAUAAGAGAUCAGUCCUAUUCAAUAAUAAGACUACAUCAGAAACAAAAAAGGAAGAACAGAGAACUAAAUUGAUGAACCAAAUAGACAAUAUAAUUGCUAAAAACGGAGGCAAGCCUUAUUCCAACGAGAUGCUACGUCAAGCUCAGGAAAAUUCAGAGAAGUUUAUUAAUCGACAGACAUGCCAUGCUACUUCACAGAAACCAUACGCUGAAAAAGAACUAGAAAGGAUGAAUGCAGAACACAUCAAACAACUAAAUUCUAUGGUAGAAGAGAAGAUGAAAUCAUCAGUAAAACUCCUUCAGGAGGAACUGGCUUGUGAGAAGCAAGCACGAAGAGAAGCUCAGGAAACAGCGGAAAAAGCAAUAAAAUUUUCAGAGGAACUAACGAGGGCUCAAAUGAUGUCUCAAAGCAAUAGAAAUAGAAGCUUUCCUCCUAGGAAUCGAUAUUAUUGUCCAUUUCUGUGAGUGAAACAGAAAGUAAUAUAGUCUUUAUGCGCAAAUCUAAAUGUACUAUCAAAAACACAGAUUGUCUUUGCAUUUGUUUAUCUUGACUUCCGACAUAAAUAGUGAGAAGUGUCUUAUAGAGUAAAAUAUGGAUUUUACUUCUCUGAAACAUAUUAAAACUUUCGAUUACUAUUAUAAGAAUAAGAAUAAAACGUGUCUACUCACGUAGCCUGGAGUUUGUAUGA